AUGCUCGCGCAGCCCUUCACUAGGGCUUCCAUGCUUGCGGGAGGGGAGCUGGAUGAGGAACAAGUCAAGAAAGAGGCUGAGGAGUUGAAGAAGGCGGUUGAGGAGGGUGAAGGCAAAGAUACUGAGACCCUGGUAGAGAGUGGAAAGGAGGAGAAGAAAGAGGAUGAGAGUGGUGAUGGGAAGGAGGCGCAAUCGACCGAGAAGAGCAUUGAGGACUCCAAGCAAGAAGUCGAAGACUCUCCUGAGCAAGCAGCCGAUGUUACCCAGACAGCCAAAGACUCAUCUGAGCAAACACCCGAUAACACCACAAACGAGAAGAACGGAACCACGCCAUCGUCCUCGAAGCCUAACAAACGCACAUGGGCAUCCUACCUGCCUUCAAUCCCAUACCGUAACAAGGGUGGCGCAAACAAACAAGAGGCAGAACAGAAGCCCACCUCAGAGCAGGAGAAGAAACAGAACGAGGAGAAUACAAAGAAAUGGUCUUCGUACCUACCCACUGGAAAGAGCUUCUCUAGCUAUGUGCCAAAUGUGGAAGUACCGGACUCCAAGUCUGUUGUCAGCGCUUUCAAGGCGAGCCAUUACCGCGAUCCGAAUAAGAGCUAUGCAGAGCAGUUGUAUGACUUCUCAAAGACGCCCGUGGGCGCAGGAACUAUGGCUGGCUCAGGCUACGCUUCCUCAGUUUACGCUGCCUACUCCGCAUACACAUCCCUUCAUCCCUCGAACUCGUCCCAACCUCCCAUGGAGUACCUCUCCCUUCCACACACACGCGCAGCCUCACACAAGCUCUGCCCCGAAGUCGACGAUGAGCUCCUGACCAACCUUCGCAAUCCAAUCUUGACCUUUAUCGAAGACACAUCACCUGGUGCACACGAUACCCUGACGGCGGCAUGCGACGCAAAUCAAUAUGCUGCACUGGGUGUAGAUAAGCCUGCCGAACACGGUAGUUGUGCCGAAAACCUCGUCCUCGCGCUCAAGGAGAUCAACGAGACCGCCGGACUCAAGGGUGCCAAGGCAGUCGGUGCGGACAUCUCCGUCAACAUUGCGCCUACACCUCUACACCUCUUCAUGAAUGCGCCUCUACAGUCUGAAGGUACUCUACAGAGCGACGGAGCAGGCACAAAAGGUGUGACGCUUAGUAUUGAGGAGCCAAAGGGCAAGAAGCGGUGUUUUGUCAGAUUCCGUGCUGAACGAGAUGUUGUGAUCGUAUUUAGUGCUUGUCCAAUGGAAGUUGGGAAGCAGAACGGUGGACGCUGCAUGGCCAGUAACUUUUUGGUUGAGGAUAUGCAAGAAGGUGAGGAUCUGGCGAGUUCCAUCUCAUCCAGCAAAGCGAAGAAGGCACCGAAGAAGUUGGGCUUGAAGGGGAAAGAAGAGAAAGAACAGUCCGAAGAGAAGAAGAAGGCUGUGCCUGAGGAACCCAAAGCAGAGUCGACGGAGUCACAAUCGGAGACACAAAAAGAGACCGAAGCUCUAGAAACUGAAAGCGCGGCGCCGUCGCAGAAGGAAGCGUCAGACAAAGGCGAGGAGAAGAAACAGGAUUCGACUUCUGAAGAACCCAAGGCGAAGAAGAAGCCUAAGAAACUUCAGGUCCGCAGUCAGCCUGCUUCAACACAGUCUCAGUCUUCGUGA